UAAGGCAAGUCAGGGCAUGGGAAUAUUGCCUCUCACUCCCUUAAGCUUCGAACAGCAAGAAAACAUCACCUUCCACUUGGCGUUCUCUUCCAACUCGAUUUUUUUUUUCAAAUUCCCUGCGCGUUUUUUUAGGGUAAUAACAGACAUGCCCCGCAAACUACGCCCCGAGGAGAUGAAGGAGGCCAAGGAGUGCUUCUCGAUCUUCGCUCUCAACGGCGCCAUCCCCAUAGACAGCGUAGGGAAUGCCCUUAGGUCGAUGGCCAGGAACCCUUCCAACGCAGAGGUCAAGGCGCUGGUGCAGGAACUCGGGAACCCGGCGGGGAUUAAUCUCGAGACCUUUGUUGGCCUGCUGGGUCGAGACUUCACUCCUGCCGACUCUCCCGAGGAAAUCCGCGAGGCCUUCGGCGUGUUCGACAAGGACGGCAACGGCGUCAUCUCAGCCAACGAACUCAAACACGUCCUCAUGACCAUGGGAGAGAAGCUGUCGCAGGAGGAGGUCGAUAUCAUGAUCCGUGAGGCGGAUAUCGAUGGCGACGGACAUAUCAAAUACGAGCAGUUCGUGGAUCUCAUGACGAAGUCGUUUUAAAAAGGGGAUGGGGAAUUUGAUUUCAGAUUUUUUUCUUGUUCUUCUUGUUAUUUUUAUUUUUAUUUUAUUAUUUUUUUUAUCAUAUAUAUUUUUUAUUCCUUCUUCUUCUUCUUCUUUUUCUUCUUCUUUUUCCCCUUCUUUUUCUUUUUCUUUCUUUCUUUCUUCGGUGGAGGAUAUUUUUUAAGGGUGGAGGGAGUAGGAAAAAUUCUGGGAGAUUUUAAUUGGGAGUGAGUGUUGCAAUUUAUGUGUAUUUCUUUUCUUUUUUUUCUUUUUAUCAAGAUAUAUCAAGAUUAAGUAUCAUAUUAACGUGUGAUCUUGUUUAUUUCUUCUUUUAUCAGGUGGAUGUUAAAUAAUAAAAUGGCGUCUUAGUUUUGAGAUAAAUCAUCACAGAAACCAUGAAACCUUUGUAGCAUAAUGAACAAAAACCAAAUAUGUAAUAGGUAUGAUAUAAUGAACAUUGAAAAUUCGAAAUAUAAACGAGGGAACACAGGAGAAAUGUGUCCACCAGGAUAUUGAUUAUUAAAAUGUGAUUUCUAACUAU